AUGUCCGAGCCAAGUGCCAAUCGUCAGGAAAAGGAGAAGCUUUCUCCUACAGCUGUAUCGAAAGUAGACGAUGUCGAAAUUGGCCAAGUCUCCUCCCUCGAUGAAGCUGAGCUCUUUCUUCACGAGCACGGCGUGUCUAACGAACAAAUGCAAGAAAUGCUCGACGACCCUGUGCGGAGGAAGAAGCUUAGAAGACGCAUUGAUUUGAUCUUGCUUCCGCUCAUGUGCGGGACAUAUUGUCUCCAGUAUAUCGACAAGCAGGCGUUAUCCUACAGUGCCGUGUUCGAUCUGUUCACCGACGCACAUAUUGAUAGCAAUCAGUACAGCUGGCUAGCCAGCAUCUUUUACUUUGGGUAUCUCUUCUGGGAAUAUCCGGCAAGUUACAUCGCACAACGACUGCCCAUUGGAACUGUGGUCGCGAGUUUUGUGAUCGCCUGGGGUGCGAUCCUCAUGAUCACCGCCAGCUGCCAUGAUUUCACCGGCAUGGCUGUAUGUCGGUUCUUACUCGGGUGCUUUGAGGCGCCGAUCACUCCGUGCUUCAUGAUGAUCGUGGGGACGUGGUAUGUUCGUCAAGAACAGCCCUUGCGCGCCGGGAUUUUCUACUGCUGUAACGGGGUGGGGUCGAUGGUUGGCGGGCUUCUCACUUAUGGCAUCGGCCAAGUGGACGGCUUUCCCGUCUGGCGGGCGGUAUUCCUGAUCUGCGGAGGAGCCACCGUUCUCUGGGGUAUCCUGAUGCUCCUAUUCCUCCCGAACAGUAUCCUGUCGUCAAAACGCUUCUCCGUGGAAGAGAAGGUCCUGCUCAUCGGCCGGGGCAAGCAGAACCAGACCGGUAUCCUCAACCGCUCGAUCAAAUGGUACCAGAUUCGCGAAGCCCUCGUCGACCCGCAAGUCUGGCUUUUGUUCCUAUUCACACUUCUCAACGAGACCGUCAACGGAGGGGUAGCCAAUUUCGGCAAGCUCAUCAUCCGGGGCCUCGUGUCUAGCUCCCUGUUAACCACGGUCCUGAGCAUCCCCCAAGGCGCCUUUCAGGUCUUCUUCAUCCUGUCGGGCACCUAUCUGUCCACGCGCUUCAAGAACCUGCGCACCGUCAUCAUGGCCGUGUAUCUCCUCCCGACCGUGGUUGGGGUCUGUCUUCUCUGGCAGCUGCCGCGGACGAACCGUUUCGGGGUCUUGUUCGGAUACUAUAUCGUGGGAUCAUUCGUCACCUCCCUCGUCCUCUCUCUCCAAAUGCCCUCCAGCAACAUGGGCGGCUACACCAAGCGCGUGACCGCCACUGCGUUUGUGUUUCUGGCCUACUGUAUCGGAAACAUCAUUGGCCCGCAUGCGUUUCUGGCCCGCGAGGCCCCGGUGUAUGCGACCGGGUGCAAGUUAAUUCUGGCGUGUGCGUUGUGUCAGAUGAUGAUCGCAGGGCUGUUGAGGGUUCUGUUGGUGCGGCGGAAUCGGCAGCGGGAGUCGGCGGGUGAGGGUGAAGGGGUUGUUGAGCUUCAAGGCCCGGGGGCGGAGAUGAUGGCCGAUCUGACGGAUUUCGAGAACCCUCGCUUCCACUACGUCCUGUAA